AUGAGAGUCUUGUUAACAAACGAUGACGGUGGACCAAAUGACCUAGCGUCUCCAUACAUUAAAUAUCUGGUAACCGCAAUUUUGAAGUAUACUGACUGGGAUUUGACAAUCUGUGUGCCUUUUUCUCAAAAGUCCUGGAUCGGUAAAGCCCAUUUUGCUGGUAAAGACGUUACUGUUAAAUACAUCUACACUUCAAUUUCCAAGCCAGAAGACAACUCUUAUCAUGGACCAUUUCCAUGCUCACAACCAAAAUUAAAGGAUGACGCAGAUCUGAAGGAAUGGCUCCUAGUUGAUAAUGGGACUCCAGCAACGUGCACUGAUAUCGGUGUUAACCACAUGUGUGGCGGUAGAGACAAUGUUGAUUUGGUUAUCAGUGGACCGAAUGUUGGUCGAAAUUCUUCUGCGCUCUACGCACUUUCCAGUGGUACUGUUGGUGGUGCCAUGGAGGGAUGCCAUCAGGGUAAACGCGCCAUUGCAUUGUCUUAUUCUUACGAAAUUGAUCCUAAUGUUCCUGCAGAAUGGCUGACGGAAGCUAGCUUGAUAAGUGUAAAGAUAGUCCAGCAGCUUUGGGAUAACUGGAAUGAAAAAAGUAGAGUCCAGAUUUACACAGUUAAUGUUCCGUUAAACGAAAAUGUAAAACUUGGUAAAACAAAAAUUUAUCACGUCCCAAUGCUGGAAAAUAAAUGGGGUGAAAGUUUAUUCCAUAAAUCAGAUGAAGUGGAGACCAAUAAACACGUGGACAUUGUUGAUGGAAGUGUGGCUGAUGGAAUUGUUUUUAAAUGGCGCCCAAAUUUUGAUAUUGUUCACAAAGCAAUAGACAAAAGUACAGAGAAAACAGAUGGUAAGGUCAUUCAACAAGGCCAUGCAAGUAUAACUGCUCUCAGAGCAAACUUUUUGCAUAUUGAUGAAGAAAACAAAGGUGAAAUGAUUCUCCAAGCGGAUUCUCAAGCCAAAAAAAGGAUCGCAAAUGUUAAAAUUGUGAUAACUUAUUCCGAAGAUUCUUAUAUAUACAAAUCACUGGUAAAAGCAAUACAAAAUUAUUUCCCUGAUGUCAACAUCUUACAUGAAAUCCCCCCUGAAGGUGGUUACUAUGUCUUUCAUUAUGGUGAUUAUGAAGAAUUAGAUCACGAGAGAUUGAUGUCUGAUAGAAGGUACAUUGCUAAUGCAUUCAUCUACAGGAAAUCUCUGAUUAGAAAGCACUAUCUCUCGAAUACUAUUGCAAUGUAUCAAGCGAAACAUCCCGAAUCAAUAUUGAAUACAGCGUUUCCGGAAAGUUUUAACUUUGAGCUAACAUAUGCCGAGUUUUUAGAUGAUGUUUUAGAUGAAGUUUAUGACUUACGUUGUGUGUUAGUGGAAAAUGAAGAGAAAAUGAAUAAAACAUUUAUUUUAAAACCUGCAAUGACGGAUAAAGGUCAAGGUAUUCGUCUUUUCAAGACAAUUGAUCAAUUGCAGACUAUUUUUGACUCCUUCGAUGAGGAUGACACUGAUGAUGAAGGUGACGAAACGAACCAAGGAAUGAUUAUUUCUCAGUUGAGGCAUUUUGUUGUCCAAGAGUAUCUCUCCAAUCCUUUAUUAAUUCCGGCUUAUGGCAAUAGGAAAUUCCAUAUUAGAACGUACGUUCUUGCUAAGGGUCAGCUGCAAGUUUAUGUUUAUGAUAGGAUGUUAAUGUUGUUCAGCGCUGAGAAGUAUAUUGAUCCAAAUCAAGCCAAUGAUAACGUUGAUGAUGAUGGAAUUGUAGGAAUGUCAGGCCAUUUAACAAACACCUGUUUACAAGAUGAUACCGACGAAAAGGUAGUUGAAGAGCUAGGCAAAUCUUUACUCCCCGCUGAUAUGAAAUCCAAUAUUAUUGAUCAAAUACAUGAAAUUGUUGGAGAUUUAUUUAGAGCUGGUGUUAACAUCGAUAGAAUGAAUUUUCAGCCUUUACCGAAUGCCUUUGAAGCAUAUGGACUCGAUUUUCUAGUCUCAGCAGAUUUGAACAAGCAGACUGGUGUUACCCUUUUAGAAGUUAAUGCUUAUCCUGACUUUAGACAGACAGGGAACGACCUUAAGAACCUGAUUGAUGAGUUCUUUUGUGGUGUUAUUUCCAAAGCCGUGUUGCCACUCAUCGGCAACGAAGAAGAAGAAAGUGAAAACAUGUCAAAAGUUCUUGACAUUUCCAUUUGA